AUGGCUAGCAAGCAAGACUUAAUGGCUAUGGGAUUUGAAGAGGCGCGUGUUGAUUGGGCUUUGAGUGCCACAAAGAACGGCAAUAUGGAUGUUGUCCUUGAUCACAUUGAAUCAAAUGCGGAGAAUCAAGUCCCAGAUAUUUCAGAGCAGGCAGAACAUGCAGAACAAGUGCCAGCAAGCAUCAGAUGCGACGACUGCAACAAACUCUUCAAAGACCAGGCUCUGGCUGGCUACCACGCUGAGAAAUCUGGCCACGCCUCUUUCUCUCAAUCCACAGAGGAAAUCAAACCUCUGACUGAGGAUGAGAAGGCUGAGCGUCUCCAACAGCUCAAAUCUAAAAUGGACGAAAAGCGCAAGGUACAGGCUGAAGCUGGUAAAGAGGACGAUAAGAGGAAUGAGCUCAUAAGGGUACAGCGUGGAAAGGAAGAUCAAGCUGUUAGAGAGGAGUUGAAAGCAAAGGAGCUUAAAAAAGAUCUUGAAAAGAAGAAAAAGGAGAAAGAGGAGGAUAAGAAGGCUAUGGCACGCGUCAAGCAGCAAAUUGAAGCUGAUAAGAGGGAGAGAGCUGAGAAGGCUGCCAAGGAUAAGGCUUUAAGGGAGGGUAAGGUUGAUACAGCAACACCCGCACAACCAUCAAAGCCAGUGAUCCCUAAGGUAUCCACUUCAAAUGCUACGGAUACGAGACUUCAGCUACGUACUCCUAGUGGACCACUCACAACCACCCUCAAGGUCGACAAUACUCUCACAGAUGUUAGUGACUUCAUCGCUACUCAACAGAUGGUUGAGGCUUCCAAUCUGACUUUCUCUACUACUUUCCCUGCACGCACCUUCACAGAUGAUGAAAUGAGCAAAUCAUUAAAGCAACUCGAUUUAGUCCCUUCUGCUGCGCUGAUUGUGAAGUUCAAGUAG